UUUUGGCUAAAACCCUUGUCUUCAAUGUCUGCCGCGAUUCUCCAUUUGUAAUGUUCAAUCUCUUCUUCUUCAGCCAAGUGAUAACCCUUUUCAAUUCAUGUCUCUCUCCCUUUCUUCAUCUCUACUCUUCUUCCCUCGGACAGAUUCUAUCUCCUUCAGAUCAUAUAGAAAUCAAGGGACUUGCGCUUUAUGGAGAUACGCAAAGAUUACGAAGAAGAAUUUCGUGGUUACAUCAGCUUCAAAAAGGAUAUCUUUCGGCACAGAAUGCAGGGAGGGUCUAUUAGCCGGUAUCAACAAGCUUGCUGAUGCUGUUUCUAUCACCAUAGGCCCCAGAGGACGCAAUGUUGUCCUGUCAGAUAAGGGGAAUAUUAAAGUGAUAAAUGAUGGUGUUACAAUAGCUCAAUCUAUAGAUCUUUUGGAUGCCAUUGAAAAUGCAGGAGUAAUGCUGAUCCAAGAGGUAGCCACCAAGACCAACAAUUCAGCUGGAGACGGAACAACCACUGCAGUUGUUUUGGCUCGUGAACUGAUCAAAUCUGGUUUGCUGGCUAUUUCUCGUGGAGCCAAUCCAAUCUCGUUAAGGAAAGGAAUGGAUACGACUGUUAAAGAACUGGUCAAAAUUUUAAACGAGAAAGCUAGUCCAUUGAAAAGAAGGGAAGAUCUAAAAGCUAUAGCAACCAUUUCGGCUGGAAAUGAUGAAUUUGUGGGUAACAUUAUUACUGAAGCAAUCGAUAAGAUUGGUUUGGAUGGGAUCAUUUUACUUGAAACUUCGUCAACUUCAGAAACCAUUGUGAUUGUUGAAGAAGGAAUGAAGAUUGAUAAGGGAUAUAUGUCUCCACACUUUGUUACAAAUGAUAACAAAUCCACUGUGGAGUUUGAAAAUGCCAAAAUCCUUGUCACUGAUCAAAAAAUAUCGCACAUCCAAGAGAUUGUUCCUUUAUUAGAGAAAGUUAUCCAGCUGAAUGUUCCGCUGUUAAUAAUUGCUGAGGAUAUAUCAAGGCAAGUGCUAGAAACCCUAGUUAUGAACAAAACACAAGGUGUAGUUAAAGUUGCUGUUGUAAAGUGUCCCGGGGUUGGAGAAAGAAAGAAAGCUUUGUUACAAGACAUUGCCCUGAUGACAGGUGCUGAUUUUUUGUCUGGGGACUUGGGCUUUAUGCUUGAAGGUGCAACAUCUGAUCAGCUUGGUAUUGCACAAAGAGUAACUGUAACAAGUGAUUCCACCGUUAUUGUGUCUGACCCGUCCACAAAAGCUGAAAUUCAGGCAAGAAUUAUGCAGAUAAAGAAGGAUCUAGCUGAAACGGAGAAUAAAACUCUGUCUGCAAAGCUCUCUGAAAGGAUUGCCAAACUUUGUGGCGGCGUUGCUGUGAUUAAGGUAGGUGCUCACACGGAGGUGGAACUUGAAGAUAGAAAGCUAAGAAUUGAGGAUGCAAAAAAUGCCACAUUUGCCGCCAUGCAUGAAGGUAUAGUACCCGGUGGUGGAGCUACAUAUGUGCAUCUUUCUGAGGAAAUUUCAAACAUAAAGAAAUUUAUAGAAGAUCCAGAUGAGUUGAUUGGUGCUGAUGUUGUUAGGAUGGCACUUGUUGCACCUGCCAGGUUGAUUGCGGCCAAUGCUGGAGUUGAUGGAGACGUAGUUGUUGAGAAAAUCCGUGCUUGUGAGUGGGAAAGUGGGUAUAAUGCAAUGACAAACACAUACGAAAACCUUAUAGUUGCAGGUGUGAUCGAUCCUUGUAGAGUUUGUAGAUGUGCCCUUCAAAAUGCUGUUUCUAUAGCUGGUGCACUCUUAACAACUCAGGCUAUAUUAGUGGAUAAAAGAAAACAGCCUAAGAAUCAACUUCCUCUUCUUCCUGGAAUAGGUCCAUAGAUUAAGGAAAAUGCCCAACCAGGUAAAAACAUAAUUGUCUUUCUUGUGCUUAUGAUGAGAAGAUGGGGGAACAUGACAAGUAAGAACAAAUGCCAACUAGGUCCCCAAGGAAAUUGAUGAAUGGCCUAUUCGUGUAAAGGCUCGAGGCAUGAAAUUGUUGUAACAGGUGGGAUUAUCUGUUUUGGGAUGUCUAUUUUUUUUUACAUUGGAUGAAAUCUUUACCAUUUUGUAGCCAAUUUGUUGUAAUGUUAUUCACUACAGUUAGAGGUCCUGUUGUAGGUUUUUUGUUUUUAA